UCCAGAGGUCCACAACUCCACUAUGGUAGAAGAAAAGGGAUACACCAUUAACAUCUUCACCAACAAAAUAAUCAACUCAAUAUACUCUCCCUCUAUAAGAAUCUCCCUGUUGUACUCUUUCAACUUACUAAACUUUCUACUUUACAAAAUGGCUUCUUUCCGUAGUUACACUCUCUCUAUUUCCUACUUCCUAAUUUUCUCAAUCCUCUUUACCCCUUUAUAUGGAGCGUUUGUUGAGGAAUUUUCUGACACCCUAACCAUAAAACGAAGUGAGAAAACGAGCCAUCUCCAUUUCUACUUCCAUGACAUUGUCAGUGGAAAAAAUCCUUCAUCAAUCAAAGUCAUUUCACCAGGAGGAGAUGGAAUCUACGGUUUUGGCAAAACUUUCAUUUUUGAUGAUGCAUUAACAGUAGGGCCUAAUGCAUCAUCUAAGGUUAUAGGAAGAGCACAGGGGAUUUACUCUAUCGCUUCCCAGAGUGAGCUUGCCUUGCUUAUGGCUUUGACCUUUGAGUUCACUGAAGGCAAGUAUAAUGGCAGCAGCAUAAGUAUUCUUGGGAGAAAUCCAGUUCCCAAAGAUGUUAGAGAGAUGCCUAUUGUGGGUGGCACUGCACUGUUUAGGUUUGCUAGAGGUUAUGCAUUGGCCCAUACUUCUAUGUUUGAUAUCAAGAGUGGAGAUGCUAUUGUAGAAUACAAUGUGUUUGUUCAACACUUUUGAAGUAAUUUAAGCGUAUAAAGUAGCAGUCCCAGGCGCAAUUAGUAUUUUUUUUUUUUUUUAAUUAUUCCAUCCAUGGCAAGCUAUUAAUGUCUUUUUAACUUUUCUGGAUGUUCUAAAUUAUUGUCUUCUUUUAAUCGAAAAAUUCUAUUCGUAAAUUUACAA